UCGCAAUCACCGCGGGAAGUGGGGGUAGCACAGGUGCCCAGCACCUGCCGCUGGUAGGGGACACACUUCGGAAGAACGGAAAACCAGAGUUGUUCCCCAGGGCCAGUCCACUGAGGCUGAAGUCUGUAAGCCUGGAAAGACCUUCAGCAGUAAUAUCCAAAUUCCAAAAUGACCACCCUGCCCCCAGUGCCCAUGACACGCCCAAAGCUUACAUCCUUAGCCAGACAGAAGCUGCCCUGCUCCCCCAGGAGAAUUCCAAGGUCUCAAUUGAUCAAAGAAAAAGGUGACAUAGAUCAUUAUGUGGAGGUGAAUUUCAAAGGAUUGUCAAAAGAGGAGGUUGCUGCUUACCGGAACUCAUACAAGAAGAGCAUCUGUGUGGACAUGCUGCGAGAUGGCUAUCAUAAGUCCUUCACUGAGCUCUUUGCUCUGAUGGAGAAGUGGGAUGCGCUGAGGGAGGCUGCGAGAGUUAGGUCCCUCUUGUGGUUGCAGAGACCUCUGGAGGAGCAGCCUGAUAAGCUGGACCACUUCUACUACUACCUGACCAGGGCUGAGGUGGCCGAAAGGAAAGGAUACUUUGAAGAUGUCUAUAAUAACUUAUAUGCUCUGGCCUGUUACUUCAAUAAUUCUGAAGACAAGUGGGUAAGGAACCACUUCUACGAACGAUGUUUUCAGAUUGCUCAACUGAUCAAAAUUGACGGUGGGAAGAAAGAAGCCGAGGCGCAUGGGCACAUGGGCCUUCUCUUCGAGGAAGAUGAUCAGCUUCUAGAAGCUGCCGAACAUUAUGAAGCGUUCCAUCAACUGACGCAGGGGCGGGUGUGGAAGGACGAGACAGGCCGCUUUCUCAACCUGUUGGCCUGCGAGAGUCUCCUGAGGACUUACAGGUUACUCGCAGACAAAAUGCUGGAAAAUAAAGAAUACAAGCAGGCCAUCAGUACUCUAUUAAAAGCUUCUGAGAUAGCUAAAGAAGGAAAUGACAAAAGGAUGGAAGGAGAAGCUUCCUAUUACUUGGGCUUAGCAUACUUGGCUGCUGGAAAUUAUGAAACAGCAUUAACAGUCUUUAACACUUAUGGUGAAAUCUCGACAAACUUGGAUGAUGAUCUCAGCCUGGGGAGAGCCUAUGAAGCAAUCGCCAGAGUCCUGCAGAGCCAAGGAGAAAUGACAGAAGCAAUUAAAUACUUGAAAAAAGUUGUGAAAAUUUCACAAAACAAUUUUCAGUGGCUAGAUGUUGUGAGAGCAAGUACGAUGCUUGGUGACAUCUACAAUAAAAAAGGAUGCUACAACAAAGCUUCUGAAUACUUUCAGCAAGCUUUUGACACGACAGCAGAGCUAACAAACAUUCCUCUGAUGGAUGAAACAAAAGUUCAUUAUGGAAUAGCAAAAGCUCAUCAGAUGAUGCGGACGGUUAGCAAUUAUGUAGAAUCUGCAGAUCUCGCCAGCCUUGACUACCUUCUGUCAUGGAAGGAGAGCAGAAGUGACAUUGCACUUGAUCCAGUUACUGAGUUUAGAGUUCAGGGAGAACAAGGUGGCUGGAGUUCACAGCAGAGAGUAUUUAAACAGAAAGAGCUGCAGAGACAGAAGGAAAAAGAGAUAGAACUCCAGAGAUCUGCAGUGUCUUCACCUGUGUACUAA